CGCCCCGGCCGCCGCUGGGCCCGGCUGUAGUUUCCGGCGGGGCGCUGUGCGGCGGCGCUCCUCUCCUCUCCCCUUCCCUUCCCCUCCUUCCCUUCCCUGCCCGGGCCGGGCCCGGCGGCCUGCCCUCGGCCAUGCAGCGGCAGCUGCUGUGCCUGGGCGGCGGGGCCGGGUCCCCCGCAGCGCGCAGGGUCCGCCUGCUCCUGCGGCAGGUGCUGGCGCCGCGGCCCGGCCGCCCGGAGCUCAGGGCGCUGCACGGCUCAGGUGAUGCUGUCACUAUUGGAGAUGUAUCCUUUAAACUCAAAACACCGAAGAACCCAGAACUUGUUCCACAGAACUACAUGACAGAUUCUUUGGCCCAGUCUGUAAUACAGCAUUUAAGAUGGAUAAUGCAGAAAGAUCUUCUCGGCCAAGAUGUCUUCCUUAUUGGUCCUCCUGGGCCCCUCCGGCGAUCUAUUGCCAUGCAGUAUCUGGAACUAACAAAACGGGAGGUUGAAUAUAUUGCGCUGUCAAGGGACACCACAGAAACAGACCUCAAACAGCGACGAGAGAUCCGAGAUGGUAGUGCUUUUUAUCUCGAUCAGUGUGCAGUUCGUGCAGCCACAGAAGGCAGAAUCCUUGUGCUGGAAGGUUUGGAGAAGGCUGAGCGGAACGUCUUGCCUGUGUUAAACAAUUUGUUGGAGAAUAGGGAAAUGCAGCUUGAAGACGGUCGCUUUCUCAUGUCUGCAGAACGCUAUGACAAACUUCUGCAGGAACAUACAAAAUCAGAGUUAGAUGCAUGGAAGAUUGUUCGGGUUAGUGAAGAUUUUCGAGUAAUAGCGUUGGGUCUGCCAGUACCUAAAUAUUCUGGUAACCCUUUGGAUCCUCCCCUUCGCUCUAGAUUUCAAGCUAGAGAUGUUUAUCAUCUGCCCUUCAAGGACCAUCUUCAGCUAUUGUAUUCAAUUGGAUCAAACAUUUCUGCAGAGAGAAUUUCUCAGCUCCUGUCUUUUGCUACAACUCUCUGUUCUCAAGAAUCUUCUACAUUGGGACUUCCAGAUUUUCCUUUAGAUAGCUUAUCGGCUGCAGUGCAGAUUUUGGAUUCCUUUCCUAUGAUGUCAGUCCAGCAUGUUAUUGAGCGGCUUUACCCCUAUAAUGUUUUCCUUGGAAAGGAAGGCAGGACUGCAGUCAAAGAUGCACUAAAACGUUUUGAACUUCAAGACUCAAAAAGCCAUUUGCGCCCAAGAAGGAUUACAAAAGUAGAAAGUGUACCAGGAAACAAACCCUUCAAGGCUGAUGUAACUGUCCAGAUCGGUGAAAAGGAAGUGACAUUCCAGGUUCCAGCUGGGACUGGGAUGUUAAAACAGCAUUCUCAAUCAGAUGCUUUCGUAAGGACUUCCAGCCAUGAUCAGCUGUUGGCAGAAAUGAUGCAAUCCCACAUGGUUAAAGAUAUGUGUUUAAUUGGAGGAAAAGGCUGUGGCAAAACAGUUAUCGCUAAGGAGUUUGCUGAUAUACUAGGAUACAGCAUAGAACCUAUCAUGCUGUAUCAGGACAUGACAGCCAGAGAUUUGCUACAGCAGAGGUAUACUCUUCCUAAUGGGGACACUGCUUGGAGACCAUCGCCACUUGUUACUGCUGCCCUGGAAGGAAAGCUUGUUAUUCUUGAUGGCAUUCAUCGAAUUAACCCUGGCACUCUAGCUGUACUUCAAAGACUAAUACAUGACAGAGAACUGACCCUCUAUGAUGGCACCAGAUUAUUAAGGGAAGACAGGUAUCAGAACUUAAAAGAAGAAUUACAGAUCACUGAUGAGAAACUACAGGAAAGGUCUAUCUUUCCAAUACACCCCUCAUUCAGAAUAGUUGUCCUAGCAGAACCUCCGGUCAUCGGAAGUAGUACCCAACAAUGGCUGGGUCCAGAGUUUCUGACACUGUUUCUUUUUCAUAAUGUUCGAUCUUUAAGCAAGAAUGAAGAAAUUCAAGUUAUUAAGGAAAUGAUUCCAAAUGUACCAAGUGCUGCUGUGGAGCAGUUGUUGUCUUUAACACACAAGCUUCGGGAGACGAAUGAUGCCACGGCACAGUCUCUGGCUUCAUCUUUAUCUACUCGACAACUGUUGCGAAUUUGUCGGCGACUGUCACAACAUCCAGAUGAAAGCCUUUACUAUGCUGUUAAUAAAGCCUGCCUUUCCAGGUUUUUACCAAGCCUUGCCAGAUCAGCUUUACACAAAAAUCUACAGGAUUCUGGUAUUGAGUCAAGUCCAGAUAACACAAAGAAACUAGAGGAGAAGGAUUACACUUGUGAAAUAAACAAUGGGAUUCUGAAGAUAGGAUCUGUGACUAUGCCAGUUUAUAACCCAAGUGAGAAAAUGAAAGUGCCUGAUGUGUUGUUUUAUGAAAAUGCUCAACACAUGAUGGUAAUGGAAGAUAUGCUAAAAGACUUUCUGCUGGGAGAACAUCUUCUUUUAGUUGGUAAUCAGGGUGUUGGGAAAAACAAGAUUGUUGACAGAUUCCUUCACCUUCUAAACAGGCCCAGAGAGUAUUUACAGCUGCAUAGGGAUACAACUGUACAAAGCCUUACCCUGCAGCCUUCUGUUAAAGAUGGUCUUAUUAUAUAUGAAGAUUCACCACUGGUAAAAGCAGUGAAGUUUGGACAUAUUUUGGUAAUUGAUGAGGCAGACAAGGCACCAACGAAUGUUACCUGUAUCUUAAAAACCUUAGUAGAAAGUGGAGAAAUGGUUUUGUCAGAUGGAAGGCGAAUUGUUGCCAAUCGUGCUCAUGUAGAGGGGAGAGAAAAUGUAAUAGUAAUUCAUCCUGAUUUUAGAAUGAUAGUUCUAGCAAAUAGACCUGGAUUUCCUUUCUUGGGUAAUGACUUCUUUGGCACAUUAGGGGACAUUUUUAGUUGCCAUGCUGUUGAUAAUCCCAAGCCACAGUCUGAACUUGCUAUGCUCAGACAAUAUGGUCCUGAUGUUCCAGAGCCAAUUCUUCAGAAACUGGUAGCUGCUUUUGGAGAACUUAGGAGUUUAGCUGACCAAGGAAUUAUUAAUUAUCCCUAUUCAACUAGAGAAGUUGUGAAUAUUGUAAAGCAUUUACAGAAAUUCCCAAAUGAAGGACUGGCGAAUGUUGUUCGAAAUGUAUUUGACUUCGACUCCUACAACAAUGAAAUGCGUGAAAUUUUAAUCAGCACUUUGCACAAAUAUGGGAUACCUAUUGGAGCAAAACCGACCAAUGUACAGCUGGCCAAGGAACUGCCAUUACCAGAUCAUAAAUUUAUAGGCUACUGGAAAAUCGAUCAGCCUGGGAAUGCACGACAGAAACUGCUGUGUCCCACAGAAACUCAGAAAAUAAAUGUAAAGGGCCCUAUAUACCUAAACAUUCAAGGAUUUCCACUGGAACGACAUGAAUCCCGGUCCCUCAGUUUCACAGAAGAACUUGCCUUUUGGAAACUGCCUUUGGAUGAAGUUAACUUUGUUUGCGACGUCACUGUAACAAAAGAAGAUGAAGCUGAAAAUGUUCUUUAUGUUACUACAUGCAAUCCUGUUGCCUUGUACUUCAUGAGUGUUUCUAGUAAGAAUGGAUCCUUUGUGGAUUUUUAUGACCUCUUCCCAAGAACAGUUGGAAAUGUCUGGCAACCUUUUGUGACUGUGGCACCACUCGGAAAUCCACUCAAAGGUCAAGUGCUUGUACAUGAAGAGCAGAGCAAUGUUGUGUUGUUGCUGGAUACAAACAACGGUGCCCUUCGCCGACUUUUGCUCUUGCCAGAUGAUCAGGAGUCUCCUAAGAGAACGUCUUGGUGGAGCAGCAAGGAAGAGACGAGCAGCUACAAGAUGUGCCGAGAGUUUUCACACAAAAACUGGCUGGUGUUCUACAAAGAAGAAGGAAACCGUCUUAUCGUAUUGGAUGUAUUAGAGGGCCAAACUCACACCAUCUCACUUCCAAUCAAUCUGAAAUCUGUCUUCCUCGUGGCUGAAGACCGGUGGCUCUUGGUGGAAAAUGGAACAAAUCAGAAAUUUCUUUUAACCAAACGUGCUCAUAUGGAGGCUGAAGACAGUGAGGUUUGCCAGCUGUAUGCAUUGAAUGAAGAGCCAGCUGACAUGGGAUUUGGCUUAACAACGGCAUCAGAACUGAGUGUGCCGCAUGCAGUUUCAAGUGACCAGCUAUCUUCAGAAAACCUCAGUGCAGCUGUUGGACAAAAGAUCAGCUCCCCCAACAGGAUUUUCUCAGAUGAACAUAAUUACGCUACUAUUGUUAUUGGUUUCCCAGACCUCUUGUCUCCCAGUGAAGUGUACAGCUGGAAAAGAAACUCCUCUCUGAGUCGCAAUGCUUCUUCUGAUUCAUUUUAUUAUGGAGCCCGGAGGAAAAGAGGAGCUGCAAAACAAACCAAUUGUGUAACUUUAUUGGCUUCUAAUCAAAUAGUCAGAAUUUUAGCACCUGGAGAUGUGCCUUUGAAAGACAUUUACCCAAAAGAUGUCACUCCUCCACAAGCUGCUGGAUACUUAGAAGUAACAGAUCUUAACUCAAAGAAAAUCAAAUACAUUGCUAUUCCGAGCUCAGGAUCUCUCUCUCCAUAUACAUCUUGGCUCUCUAAGGUCUCAGAUGCCGAUGCCCUGUUGGCACCGCUGGGCAAAGUAGGCUUGGUUAGUGUGGACAUGGGAGGUGGUGUGAGGCUUUGGGAGACAGGGCUCGACAGCCUCCAGCGCUCACUGCAGGACUGGAGGAACAUGAUCGGACAAGAGGAUGGUAGACCUGUGCAGAUAACCAUUCAGAGGGACAGUGGUUUGGAUGUCAGUUCCCCCAAGCAUGGAAAAGUGGAUCCAAACAACAUGCCUCAUGUUGGUGGAAAUACUUGGGCUGGUGGAACAGGUGGGAGAGACACUGCUGGGUUAGGUGGCAAGGGUGGGCCAUAUCGACUGGAUGCUGGCCAUAAGGUUUACCAAAUAUCGCAAGCUGAAAAGGAUGCUGUUCCGGAAGAGGUUAAGAGAGCUGCUCGAGAGAUGGGUGAAAAGGCCUUUAAACAGAGAUUGAAAGAGAUUCAGAUGAGCGAGUAUGAUGCAUCUACUUAUGAAAGAUUCUCUGGAGCAGUACGACGUCAAGUUCAGUCACUCCGCAUCAUCUUAGACAAUCUGCAGGCCAAGGGUAAGGAAAGACAAUGGCUGAGACACCAAGCUGUUGGAGAGUUAGAUGAUGCCAAAAUCAUUGAUGGGCUGACAGGAGAAAAAGCCAUUUAUAAACGACGGGGAGAGCUCGAGCCACAACCUGGAAGCCCCCAGCAGAAACCUAAACGCUUGCGCUUGGUGGUGGAUGUCUCUGGUAGCAUGUACCGCUUUAAUGGGGUAGAUGGACGGCUGGAACGCUCCAUGGAGGCUGUCUGCAUGGUCAUGGAAGCUUUUGAGAAUUAUGAGCACAAAUUUAAGUAUGAUAUUGUUGGACAUUCAGGAGAUGGCUUCAACAUCACCUUGGUUGGGAGUGACAAAGUUCCCAAGAACAAUAAGCAAAGAUUAGAGAUUCUUAAGGUCAUGCACGCCCAUGCUCAGUUCUGCAUGAGUGGCGAUCAUACCUUGGAAGGGACAGAGCAUGCCAUUCGAGAAAUCGCCAAGGAAGAGGCUGAUGAAUAUUUUGUUAUCGUCUUGAGUGACGCAAAUCUCGAGCGAUAUGGUAUUAAACCAUCAAGGUUUGCCCAGGUCCUGACCACCAAUGCUCAAGUCAAUGCUUUUGCCAUAUUUAUAGGAUCCUUAGGAGACCAGGCAGAUAGGCUGCAGAGGACACUGCCAGCAGGACGGUCUUUUAUUGCCAUGGAUACCAAAGAGAUCCCCCAGAUUUUGCAGCAGAUCUUUACAUCGACCAUGCUGUCAAGUGCCUAGCCAUCACCGACGUCACGGUGCGUGAAUUCAAAGCAGAAAUCCACUCCUGCUGAAGAUAUGAACCCUGAAGCUGAGGAUGAACAGCUACUAAUGAAAUACAAACUGUUCUGUAAUCAGCAAACCAACCGAAAUCUGCACUGCAGCUGUGCUGUACAGUUUCACCAAAAAUCCCUCAACCAACUUCAUGUGUUCAAAGAAUUGCAGUGGGGCUGAGGUAAAUCUCAGGAAGGUUACAGAGGGAAUGUUCUUCCAGAGGGACAAAUAAAUAAAGGACACUUUGUGAUCAUUACUCUGGCUGAUGGGUUGCCAGCACUGCAGCAUCAUCUCACAUGGUUUUGCUGACAUGGUUCUCUGGGAUUUGAUAAUAUUAUACAAAGCAGAGCCAGA